AUGUUGCUCCUAACUCGAUGGCGAUGCACAGGGGCAUGGCGUGGCGUAGAGGGCUGCAGAGAGCAAAUCAUCUUCUGGGGAGGAAACUCUUCGCACCUUGGAUAUACUCCGACCAUCCGCUUUCGUGCCACUGUGGCUGAAGGGAUGGACUUGGAUGGUUUGGCAGGGAGCACGGCUCAACGGACGCCGGAGGAACUCUUUGGGGAGCUGCAGAAGGUGCUCAUCAGCAAGGGCGAUAGCCCGCAGCAGUUGUCCAACGAGUGGUUCGCCCUUGCGGACAAAGACAGAUCCAAGACCAUCGGCGAACGCCCCAGCGCGACGAGACCGGUGCUCUGGGUUUCACCUCCAGGUACUCCUAGCUGCGGUGCGUGCAAAGCAGUCAAGCGCCUACAAGGCCUCUUGCGGUCAGGCCAUUUGAGGCCUGACCAAGAAAGGCGAGUGGCAGAGGUCAUCCGUGGGGCAGCUGGUGAGCUCUCCGACCUUGUGGAAGAUAACCUGGUCCAGGACAAGGGCCAGACUUCCACGCCACCAAAGGAGGAAACGCGUGGCCUCACCUCCGGGCCUGUCAUCGCUCCUGACGCUAAGCGGGAGUCGGAAGCAGCGAGUGAGGAGACACUAGAAUCAUCAGAGGAAGAGGAGGUCGAAGAGAUUGAAGAAGAGGAGGAGGACAAGACAAAGCAAGACAGCGACAAGAAGGACUGGCCUGUCGAGCCCCGGGAGCCGGCAGGAAGGGCUCCUGCCGAACCGGACGGCGGUCCCCGUGAAUCGGAAGGGUCGGGGCGCCACUUGGAGCUAUACCCAGCUCCUAAGCGUUCCACUCAGGCGGUGCGUGAGAGACCUUCCCUGGUGCGCUACGGCCCACAGAAGAGGCGACCAUCAGAGGGAGACCGCAGUGAGCCUGACCCCGCUGCACUGUCCAGCGGAGGGAUCCGACGGGGAAACGACGACGAGGACAGUCAAGGGCGGGAGCCUAUCCAGAGAAGGAGGCAGGAAAAGCCGAAGCCCAGAGCGAGGGGCACAAAGGGGGCGAAGAAGAAGCAGAGAGCCCAAGCAUUUAGACGCAAGAAAAUCGAGGAGAGACGUCAGAGCAAGCUGGACAAAUGGCACCAAAAGCAAAACCAAAAGCCAGGGCAAAAGCGGGCGAGGCCAGCAGCGGCGGGCGUCGGGAGAGGCAGGGCAGCUCCUUACCCGCCGAGACGACGGCCAGCCGCCCACGAGGAGGGCGUGACCCCAUGGUCGCGAGGAGCGGAGGUCGAUCUUCACCAGGUCCCUUUAGACCAAUUCCGGCCGGGGUCGUCGCUGGUUAUCACGGAGGCGAAUUACUUUGGUGCGAAGGUCAAAGCAGCAGGCACCGUUCAGAGAGUGGAAAUGGUGAAGGACGGGUCUUACCUUUACCUCACUCUUACCGGGACGGACAGCGAAGAACUCCUCCGUGCCCAUGGCGGGAGGAGGGAACAGGUCUUCCAGGCACACCUUUGCCCUGCGGGUUGCGGUCAGCAGGAAAGUGGCGAUCAUUUCCUGCACGCCCUGAAGGGGCGACAAGGCCAAGCGCAGGAAGAGGGGUGGGUGACGUGUCUCGAGACCGGAGCCGGAGACCAAGGCGAAGACGAGCUCGAGCUCCUGAGGAAAAGGGAUCGGGAGCUAGGACGCCAGAGGAGAGAGGAGGAAGGCGCUGCCAAGGAGCCGAAACGCAAAAGGAGUCGUUCACCUUCUGUGAUAUCAGAGGGAAAGGACAAGAAGAAAAAGAAGAAGAAGGAGAGAAGGAAGAAGGAGGACUAUGCAGACGGUCGACAUGCCGCGAAAGCAGUGCAGAAAGAGUUGGGUCACCUCUUCGGGGGGACGGCACUAGACCCAAAGGAACGCGUGAGGAGACGGGUCAUGCGCCGAGCCCAGCAUUUUGCAGCAAGGAAACGAGGGAAGCGGAGCACGUCCAGCAGCUCGAAGGGAAGCUCCAGCUCCUCGACGUCCAGCCGGGACGAGGUAGUCGGGAGCGAUGGAGUCUUCUCGGAAGAGACCAAAGCAAGGGCGCUGGCCGAAAAAUUCCCGGGAGCGUUAGCGAUGGAGACGCUCCUGAGCAUGAGACGCCAGCUGUUGACAACCUCAGGGGAAGACGGAGAAGAACACACGACGAGGCCAGUGGCACUACUCUAUUAUCGGAGUGUGCUGAGCCGCCGUGUCUCUGGCCCCCAGGCGAGGGAGUUGUUGAACCUUGCAACAGCAAUAGAUGCCUUGCUCAAGGGACGCCCGGCCCUGACACUCGAUAUAAUGUGUCAGAGGCUCAAAGCCCAGGAAGCUGUGGCCAACGGCACGGCCUGGGCGGUGGCGCAGAAGGUGGAACUCGCGUCAAGCGAGGCUGCAGCCCUGAUCGCACGAGGAGAGCUCCAGACGGCCCAGAGGGAGUCGUAUCUGGAUGCCAGGGGGGUGACCGAUGCACAGAGCAAUAUGGAAGCUCCUGAGCUCGAUUCGGGAGCUAUUUCUCCAACGUUGCGGGAGGGGAUGAGGACCUCCUGUGCCGCCGACGAGGCUUUUGGCCGUUUGCAAGGGCCUGCCUCCACGGUGAAGACUUUUCCAUAUGAAAUGCCAUCGGGCGACCCGGCCAGCUUUAAAGGCCAGGGCCUGCCUCUUUCGACCCAAAGCCAGGGUGCUAUGGAGACCUCAGGAUCUGGAGUGCCUGGGGGGAAAAAAGAUUGGGGCGAUCUCGUAGGUGAUAAGCCCCUAUUGAAUGGCCUAUUCGGCGUCACCAAAGACGAAUGGGAGGGUGACCACGAGGUCUAUCGUCUUAUAAUGAAUUUGACGCCAUUCAAUGGGAUAGCUGAGCCCAUGAAGGGUGACGUUGAGACUUUGCCUAUGUGGAGCCUCAUGUCUCCAUACCAGAUACAGCCGGACGAGUCGCUGCUGGUUAGCAGUGAAGACGUGCGUUGUUUUUUCUACACCAUGUCAGUCCCGGCUGCCUGGUACAAAUUCCUGGCGUUUAACCGCCGGGUGCCAGAGAAAUGUCUCCCCCCUGAUAUGAAGGGCGAGGAGGUCUACCUGGCUUCGCGGGUAUUGCCCAUGGGAUUCGCUAACUCAGUGAGUCUAGCACAGCACGUCCAUCGCAACCUGGCCAUCUGGAGUGGUAGCCAGGGGGAUGAGGACGAGUGCAGGAUAGCAGCGCCGGAGGCCGAGAUCCGAAAGGAUCGUCCGGUUACAGUGGCGAAUCCAGCAUGGCGGAUCUACCUCGACAAUUAUGACCUAUUGGAAAAGGUCAAGUCGGUCGAUGUCAGCACUUUGGUCGGGAGCCGUGCUCCUGCGGUGUUGGCUUUACGGCAUGAGUACGAGACCUGGGAAGUCCCGCGGAAUUUGAAGAAGGCGGUGGAACGAAAUGAGAUGGCAGAAGUUCAAGGCGCGCAGGUAGACGGGAGACUGGGGGUGGCCUACCCAAGGGAAACCAAGCUCCUGAAGUACCUGGCAGCGGCGCUUUCCUUGAUGGAGUCGGAGAAGGUCACACAACGGCAGGUCCAAGUUGUGUGUGGUGGCCUGGUCUAUGUCUCCAUGUUCAGGAGGCAGUUGCUAGGUUGCUUGAACGCUGUAUGGAGGUUCAUAGAGCUUUUUGAACAGAGACGGGUGUAUCGAAUGGCACUCCCUGAUUCCUGCCGUGUUGAAAUUCUGAGGUUUAUCGCGUUGGUUCCUCUGGCACGUCUGGAUUUCAGGCUACAGUACACGGGGCAGGUUACUUGCAGCGAUGCGUCCACAACAGGAGGUGGUGUGUGCGCCUCCACUGCGCUGAGCCGGGCUGGCAGCCUGGCUGCGCAGGGAUGUCUGAGAGGGCAGCUUCCCGAGCUGCGACAAGAGCAUCGGGUGGUGACAAUUGGGCUCUUUGACGGGAUUGGCGCGCUUCGGGUCGCUUGUGACUUGUUGGGGUUACAGGUGAUGGGUCACAUCAGCGUGGAAAAGGAUUCUGCAGCCCAACGGGUAGUGACCUCUCACUUUCCAGAGGCUCAACACUACGCCGACGUAGCCGCUAUUACACAGGACGAAGUCCAUUCCUGGGCAUGCGCUUUUUCUCAAGCCUCAUUGAUUAUCAUCGGUGCGGGACCGCCGUGCCAGGGCGUGAGUGGGCUCAAUGCCCAGCGCAAGGGGGCCCUUCGGGAUGAACGCUCGAGCCUGUUUCACCAUGUCAAACGCAUAUGGUCUCUGGUCAGGGUGCAAUUUCCAUUGUGUCAGGUCCACUGUUUGAUGGAGAGCGUCGCCUCCAUGGACGCAGAAGACAGAGCAACUAUGUCUGCGGAUUUCGGGGGUGAGCCGUGGGCCUGCGAUGCGGGGCAGUUGACCUGGUGCAGUCGGCCACGGCUGUACUGGAUAAGUUGGGACAUUGCGGAGCAACCUGGGGCCUACCUGCAAUCCGGGAAGCCAGGGGCUCCUGCGGAGGUGGUCCUGACCGCAUGUCAGGACUUGGAGCAGGUAUGCGAAGAAGGGUGGAUUAAAGUGGACCCGUCGCGUCCCUUCCCAACAUUUACGACGUCAAGACCUCGUGCUAGGAGAUCGUGGACUUUCUUAACCCUGCUCACCAAACUUUCUUGCAAUCUCGCUUGUGGCGAUCGACGCUCCGACCUUUGCGGGGCGCAGGGUCAGCCGAUCAAACCAUCUUGGUUCAGUUCCGAUGAAUUUCGCUUCUUGAUGGACACGGUGGGCCUGUCAUUGAAGGAGGGCGAGUCGGACAUUCUGUUUGAGAUGUUCGACCGGAAGAAAAAAGGGGAGGUUUCAUACAGUGACUUCACCCAGACUCUUCGUGGUGAGAUGCCAUCCUUCGCGGCCUCCUUGGCCUUCAUGGAUCAGUACAGGGGUCACUAUCCAUCGAAUAUGGCGUCCUUGCGGAAGGUCUUGCCACGCUUUGACCCAGAGGAAACGGAGGAGUGGUUAGAGUCCCUGGAGGCUGUGCUCAGCACGCACGGCCCUACACGGGCACGCUUCUUGCUCCACGAACUGGGGGAUGAGGCUCAAGGCUGUUUAAGUUCAGGUCCUUUUACAUAUGGGCUUGUGGUGACCCACAAGCGCGCCAUGGCGGCUGGUGCUUUGCUUCGGUUGCUGGCAGUCCUGCUUCCGCGGAGCCUUCCGGCCGCGUGGGUGAGCUUGAGCGAUCUGCAAGGUGAUUUAUCUCCUGAUGAGCAUCACACGCCACCGGAAAUCCUGGAGGCGGCGGAGUUUCUGCAGCAACACGCGCAGGAACUGGAGAAUAGUAAAGUGAAUCUUUCCACGCUGCUGCUACUGGAUCGCGCGGACCCCAACGAUCCCAACGUGCCCGUGGGACCCUCCCAGGAUGAGUUGGACCAGGUGGAGAAAUCCUCAGGUGGCCGUGGACGAAAGAUCCUGGAGAAGGCCUUCGCGAUGGCAAAACGUCUCAGAAGUCAUGAGGGCAACGUGGUGGCUAGUGCAGUGGAGAUCUUCAGUCCAGGGAACUGCUUGACGAAGAUCCUGUACCUCCUCUAUCGAUUUAGUGACGAGGACGACUUUCCAUACUUGCCUCGAAAGUUGGGCCCUUGUAAUGUCUUCAGAUUCGACGUGGGAGAACUGAGUAGUGGUGGACUCUUCGACUAGACGCGGACAGCGGAGUGAAAAGGGAAC